UCUGCGUCCGUGGGGAGCACCCCAAAGGGCAGGCCCUGGCCAUCACACCCACCAGCCUGUCCCCGCUCUGGCACCAGGCUCAUGUCACACACGCUCCAAGGCACGACCACCGAGACCCCGCCGAACCCGAGUGCGCACGGAGCGCACCUGCAGGGCAGGGACUCCCCCUGAAGCCGCCGGGACCCCGCGCCCGCUGCCCCGGCCCCGGAGGCUCGGCGGGGCCCGGCCCCGGGGCGGAGCGGGGCGGGCCGAGCGGGGACAGCGCCCGGCCGCAGCGUGAGCCCGCCCGGCCGCCGCCGGGCAUGGCGGGGCCGCCGGAGCUGGAGGGAGCGGCGGGGAUGGAGGUGGAGGAGCCUUUAUCGGGGGGCUUCUCGGAGGAGCAGUUUGGGGCCGCCUGCCGGGAGCUGGACCAGCCGGCGCCGGCCGCGGCGGGGCCCUGGCAGCUCCUGGUGGAGACCACGGACGUGCGGAUCUACCGGCUGUACCACGAGCAAUCAGGACUUUAUGAAUAUAAAAUCUUUGGUGGUCUUGCUGACGUUCCCCCAAAAUUGUGUGUAGAUGUCUACAUGGACUUGGAUUUCAGAAAAGAGUGGGAUCAGUAUGUUAAAGAACUGUAUGAGAAAACAUAUGAUGGUGAAAAAGUAAUCUACUGGGAAGUGAAGUACCCUUUUCCUCUCUCAAACAGAGAUUAUGUGUAUGUCCGGGAAUGCCGGGAGAUGGAUGUGCAUGGGAGGAAGAUCUGGGUUGUGUUAGCAAAAAGUGUGGCUGUUCCUCAGUGCCCUGAGAAGCCUGGUAUUAUCAGAGUUAAGAGCUAUAAACAAAGCCUGGUUAUUGAAAGCGAUGGCAAGGCUGGAUGUAAAGUCUAUAUGUACUAUUUUGAUAAUCCUGGUGGCAUGAUUCCAACCUGGCUGGUCAACUGGGCUGCCAAGAGUGGUGUGCCUGCUUUCUUGAAGGAUAUAAAAAAAGCUUGCCUUAAUUAUUCUAAGAGCACAAAUUGAUCUUAAUAAUUUAAUUCCUAGCUCUCUGCUCUUACAGGAGCAGAUGUUAUAUAUCACACUGGAUAAAAUCUACCUCUAAUAUUGGAAAGAAUGAAAGAAUUUUAUUUUAGUUGAUUUAUGCCUUGAGUUUUAUUAGAUUUUUUUCUACUGAAGAGCUGGCCACUGGCAAAGUAGCACCAAUAUCAGCUGCAGCUUUUGAAAGUGCUCAAGUUUAGCCUUGUUCCCCAUGCUUUGCUUGUGCUGGUUGUCAGGUGUCAACUAGAGGAGUUCUGUGCUGGAUAUGUUACAUCUUUGCACAAGAGACAACAAUCUUACCAGAAAAAUAUCUGAACUUGGACUGCAGAUUAUCUGCAUGUGUUAUGCCUGGAUCUGCUUU